AUGCGUAUUCUCACUGCCGUUCUCCUCCUCUUCUUCUUCAUCUUCAUCUUCGCUUUACCAUCCAUCGCCGAUAUCAAUUCCGUCAAGAUCCUAUCCGAUAAUCGAGAUUUGAUCCUCUUCUCAAAGUUUGAGUACUCACAUACUGGCUACGUUUCUGUUGCAGUCUCCUCCGCCGGAAUCUCCUCCAAUUCGGUCACCUCCAACGCAUCACAACCAGCAGAUCCUUCACGUGUUGGUUUCUUCCUCCUCUCUCAAGAACUGUCAGAUCGCUACCACCUCCAACUCAAAUUCAGACCAAACCCUGAUUUAUGCGCCUUAGAUAUCAAGAACAUCACAGUCCUCUUUACAUUCCGAGAUCUCUCACCUCCUCCUCGCUCAUCCUUUAACAUGUCGUACCAUGUCACAUAUCCCGAUAACUACUUACUCUUCUUCGCCAAUUGCAACAACCAAUCUCUCGUGACCAUGAACGUCCGCACAGAACUCUACAACCUUCUAGAAGACGGCACUACCACUACCAAAGAUUACUUAUCAGCCCGGGAACCGCAUCCAUUUCAUUACUUCAGAUUCUUCCUCAUAUAUCUAUGUUUUCUAGGGUUUUGGACCAAAAUAUGCUUCAAGAACCAACAACAACGUUUUCAGAUGAUCCAUUUGCUAAUGUAUGUGUUGCUUUUUAUAACCGUCCUUCACUUUAUCUUUGCGGUGGCGGAUCAACAUGAUAUAAAGGUUACAGGCACUCACCAUGGGUGGCAUGUUGUGUUUUACAUAUUUCAGUUUAUGAGGAAUGUGCUUUUGUUCACCAUAAUCGUGUUGAUCGGUGUCGGAUGGUGUUUCUGGAAGUGGGUGUUGCCACUACGGGAUAUAUGGUUUUUGACGCUUGUGAUCCUACUUCGGGUUGUGGCUAAUGUAAGUUAUAUAGUGGCAGAGGAAUCGGGCCUUUAUUAUGAACAUCGGGUGGAUUUGGACGACGUUAUUUCAGUUAUAGAUAUCACGUGUUGCAUCGUUAUUUGUUUCUACACUGCUUUGGUGUGUUGCGAGUUCAAAUUGGCGAAGGAUGCAUCAACCUUUCUGAGGCCUUUUAGCUCGCUCAAGGAGACUUCCGUUAGGCCGGAUGUGUUCCCUGUCUUGGUUUUAGUAUACCUUAUGUUUAUGGCAUCAGAGUCUCUUGAAAUGACUAUUGUGGCAAAGGAAAGCAACAGUUUUGUGUUCUCUAUGGUGAUGUUUUACAUGUACAGGCCAUCUGUUGUGGAGGAUGAGGGAGAAAACUGUAAGAAACUUCUCGUCUAG